AAAAAGAACAAAAAUUCUCAGAGACGAGGAGCAUUCUUGUCUUCCUCCACGAGAUUUAAAGACAGUAUAGAUCCGACGAAGCGUGGCAAAACCCCGGGUCCAGGCGAAUAUGAUAUGCCCUCGACGAAAACACAACAUGGCGGGCUCAUGGUCACUAAGGAUAUUCGCUUCAGAUCACAGAAGAGCGAAGUGCCAGGCCCUGGGAAUUAUGAGGUAUGAUAUAGUCUGGAUAUACAGAUCUAAAUACAAAGGUUGUCACUCACAACUAGUUGAUAGAUUGUUGAAUGGCAAGGCGAUAACAAGUUGUUGGAACAACGUGUACCAAAUCUGUCGAGCUCAAUAACCUUGUAGCAAGUUGUCAACAAGUUGUAACAAUGCUGUUAUUUUAUCAAAUUGCUACAAGGUUGUCACUAACAACUUGUUGAAUUGCAUGACGAUAACAAGUUGUUGGAACAAUUUGUAACAAGACUGUUGAGCUCAACAACCUUGUAGCGAGUUGCCACCAACAAGCCGUUGACAACUUGUCAACAAACUGGGAACAAGCAGUGCGAACACAUCCUGUUGACAAGUUGUUGGAACAGCAUUGCUACAAGUCUGCUGUGGGUUUGUUACAACUUGUGCACAAGUUGUUACAGGUCUGGAAACAAGUUUUUACAAAUCUGUUCACAAGCUGUCGACAAUUAAUUAUGUUCGCACUGCUUGUUCCCAGUUGUUGUAACAAGUUUGGAACAAGCUGUUAACAACUUGUAACAAAGGCUUGAUGACAUUAUCAAACUUGUGGCAAAAGUUGUUCUAACAAGUCUGAUACAGUCAUGAUAUAACAAGAAUGUUUCAAGGUUGAUGACACAAGGUUGCAACAAUACUGCUAUAUCAUGACUGUAUCGGACUUGUUGGAACAACCUUGCAACAAGUCUGAUAAUAUCAACAAGGUUGUUACAAGUUGUUAACAGUUUGUUCCAAACUUGCUGACAAGCAGUGCGAAGACAACUUGUUGGCAGACUUGCUACAAGAUGCGAGAUUUUUGCGUGUGUUGUGUUCGCACUGAUUGUUCCUAGUUUUUCUCGCUCAAUGGCAUGAUCAGACUUGUUACAAGGUUGUUCUAACAAGUCUGAUACAGGCAUGAAACCUUAUACUGACCCAAAAUUCUGUUUGCCCAACCCUUUUCUCUUCGGUGCCACCCCCAUUAUAAAUAAUGACCACUCCCUUAAUGACCGCUGCCUAAAUAACCCACAUAAAAUUAAUUGUACAUUAACUCUCUUUUUCUAGCUGAGUCCGCAGUUUGCACACUCAAUACUCAAAGGGACAUUUAAUGCAACGUUAAACAAUCCAAUGGGCAAAUCAAGUUACGAAGAAUCGAACGAUAGACAUUCGAAAACACGACUGCAUGAUAUAACCUUGUAG